AUGCCCGCCACGGCGUCCCGUGCCGUGCUUCGGCAAUCGCAGUUCAUGGUCCGGAGGACCGCUGUCAGGCACGCCUCCUCCACCUCCGAGUCUGCUUCCAAGGCUGGUGAGGCUGCUUCUUCGGCUGCCUCCAAGGCGUCUGAGGGUCUCUCUCGCGUCUCUUCGUCCGCCGGUCCCGCGCUCAACAACGCCGCCAGCGCCCUGAGAAAGGUCGGUGGAAGAACCGGAAAAGUCAUCUCCUUCGUCGAUUCCAUGAUACCCCCUACCAUCUAUUACACGCGAGUUGGACUUGAGCUCGGCAAGCUGGUGUUCCGAGGACAGAACAUGACUCCCCCGAACCUGGCUACCUUCCAGUCGUACUUCCAGCCUCUGAUCAACGCUUUCCGCAACCCCGCCACCCUCAAGAACGCCAACUUCGUCUCUCCUCAAGAUAUCCUCGCUCGCGUCCGCAAUGCCAACAAGAAGGAGAUCGCUCUGGCCGGUGUCACCGUUGCGGAGGUUAUCGGAUUCUUCACCGUCGGCGAGAUGAUCGGCAGAAUGAACAUUGUCGGCUACCGGGGCCACCCUGAGCACCACGGUGACCACUAG